AUGGCCCGACGCUCCUCCAGCGCUCUGAUCCUUGCUGCCGCCCUGUGCACUCUGCUGGCACUCCAGGCGGCUUUCUUGGGCCCUAGCCGCAGCGGUCAGGUUUCGCAGCAGGACAUGGCCAAGGUGGCCGCAGCAGGUGCCGUCCUGACCGCGCCGGAAGCAGCCCACGCGCGACUUCCGGAGGAGUUUGUUAUCUUCGCGCCCAUCGUGGAUGUACUGCCGAUCCUGCCGGUGUUCUUCUUCCUGCUGGCGCGGCAGUCGGAUUUCGCUGAGCGACUUGGAAGCUUUGCGGGUACGAGGACUCGAGAUUUUUCGUUUCCGCUUCGAUACCUCAGCAAUGCAGCAAUGCUGCAAGCGAGUGCGGAAAACAGUCUUGCGAUUCGUGCGGUGUGUUGCAUGCUGACCGCAACAGUUACCUGUCGAGUUGUUUCGCCACAGACGGUGCAGCAAUUCAGUUGUUGCAUUGGCCCCACAUUUCGAGACUUGUUUCAUUACCAUAGGUCGCGCGCAGUACUGUUCUGA